UUUUGUUAAAUGGUAUACUGUAUGUUAAUGCAGAGUUUACACAGAUGCAGGAAACAAACCAUUGUAUACAGUUCUGCUGCCCUCUUUUGGGCAAUACCAAAAGUAUAUCGAGUGGUACAUACAUAGGAACUAAUGCUGCACAGUGUUACACAUUUCUUCUGGUUUAUUCUUCAUAAAAUACAAAUAUGUAUUAGGUCAGAUUUAGAUGCGAAGAAGUUUCUGGUCUGUGUGAAAAUGUAGGGUGUACCAUUAUAUUAAAUCAAUAAUACAUUCAAUCGUUACACUUGACUGUCGUAACUAACAUUGGCAUUGUAUUUCUUAACCUCUCUAGAAGACUGAUUUUAGGUCUUGAGCGGUUCUUCCUCCUUAUUGUGUGAUGCCUCGUUCUUUCUUGGUAAAGCGGGGAGGGCUUCACUACCUUGUAAAAAAGACGGGGGCCUGGGACACACCCCUGGAGUUCUCCACACCAGGAAGUCCCGAUGGUAGCACAGUGCCCAUCGCUUUGCUGCAGCAGCCUGCAGACAGCCACUCUAAAGGAAGUGACCUUCAGCCAUUCAGCCCCAUAAUUUAUGACCGUAGAUCUGCUCAGUCCUGCAGUCCUUUUAGUCCUGUGGAGAAAGUCGAGUCUUGCCCUCACACACCAGCGGUCUGGUCCAGGCCUCAUGUACGCUCAGGAUAUCCAGACAAACUGUCUGUGGGACUGGGAUGUUUGACCCAGCACCCUCACAUCCUGAGGGAGUGCUUGAAGAUCAGUGCCGGGAGACAAGCGUGUCCAAUCUGUAGCAAAAUAUUAUCAUGUCUGUCAAGUUUGAAGACUCACAUAUGCAAGAGUCAUGGCAGCAGCUCAUCAGCACACAUCAAGUCCAGCAGGACAGAUAGUGAGCGGUUACCAUGCAGGGGCAAGGAGAGGACGUUUGGCUGUACAGUGUGUGGGAAAGUGUUCAAGCGCUCCUCCACCCUCUCCACUCACCUCCUCAUACAUUCAGACAUCCGGCCGUACCCCUGCCAGUACUGCGGCAAAAGGUUCCACCAGAAGUCCGACAUGAAGAAACACACCUUCAUACACACCGGUGAGAAGCCCCAUGUGUGUCAGAUAUGUGGGAAGGCCUUCAGCCAGAGCUCCAACCUCAUCACCCACAGCCGUAAACACAGGGACGAGCGGCCCUACCGCUGUCCUCGCUGCCUCUACGGCUUCCAGCACAAAGUGGACCUCCGGCAGCACCAGGAGCACCACUGCAACUACCGCUGACCCUGACCCAUCCUCAGCCUUUUUUUUUAACGAAACCAGCGACAUCACAUUCAGGACAGAAAACGUACAACUCUUUUCCAGAAAAAAAAACUACUCUGAGUUUCUCUCAUAUUAAAUACAGUGUUUACUUUUGAAUUAUGUUUAUUUAGUUUUGGCAAAUAACACAGCAGGGUUUUCAUUCAUCAUUUACUUAAUUUUUUCUUGUGAUGAACAGCUUUUAAAAAGGCUUUAAUAGUCCCUUUUUUCUUUGUACCAAUGAGCUCUGGCAACAACAUCAUUUGAGUAGUCUCCAUGUGUUGUGUAGUAAUCCACAGCUUUAUAGUUCUUGACUUUACCAUCCCCUACAUUGUAGGCUGCAAACAAACGUAAUUAAAAGUUUGAACAGAGUUGGUGCACUACGGUCUACUGAUUCAGUAAAACAAACCUUUCAGCUGCUGCUCCCUGCUCCAGUUAGGAAAUUUGUUCUGGAUUAUUUUAAUAAAAUCAACCAAUAUUUCGGUGGCCUGGCUGAGGUGUUCCUCGCUGUCCCAAUCACCCUCUGGAUCGUGUGCACCUCCAUCUGGAUUAACAUCAACCUAUAGAAAUGGGAUAAAACACAUGUUGUUUUGCCACUGUGUUGAUUUUAGAACUGUACUUUUUCAUUCUGUCUGCAUCAGCCUGUGCCAUGUCACGUGAUACAGACCUUCCACCUAAUGGAUAUCAAACCAAGAACAGGAAUUUGGCCUUUUUGCAACAAACUUUCAUCUAUCAUUGUCAAAAUAUUGAAGUAGUUGUACUGUAGAUAUCAAAUCAGCUCCUGUGUUUCUACACUGCAGAGUGUACCUUUGCUGUCGUUCCCAUAAUCCGCUCGAGCUGUUUCCCUUGAGGCACCAUCUGUUUCAACUCUCAUGAUGUCGCCAUUCCCUCCAAAUAUGUAGCCUAUUACUGCAGAUUAGUUUUCAUUAACACACCUAGAAAGCAUGAGGAGCUCAGGAAAAUGUACUGAUAGAAAACAGACAACAUGGAAUCAAAAAGGAUCUUGAGUAAAGGUAUGUUUUAAAUUUGAAUCUCAGCCUACACGUAGCGCAGCAAAAUAUAUAAUGUAUGUAGACUGUUAUUUGUCUCAUCAGCAGAAGAGUAAAACAAAACAAGCUCUUACCAUU